AUGGACGCUAAACAAAUAAAGACCGCGAUUUCAAAUCUUGAAAAAUCGCAGGACGACGACGCCUCUUUGUUGGAGAUUUUGAAGACUUUGGACCAGGGAAUCAAGGCAACCGAGGCUCUACUUAGAGAAACAAAAGUUGGUAUCGUUGUUAAUAAAUACCGUGGGUCAUCGAAUAAUGAGAUUUCCAGUUUAGUGAAAUCUAUGGUGAAGAAAUGGAAAGAAGAUAUCAAAAAGAGCAAAUUGAAGUCCGAUGGCAAGACCCCUAAUUCAACCGCUUCACAAAAAAAUGGAACAACAACAACAACAACAUCGUCAUCAUCAUCAUCAUCUACAACAAAAUCUACAACCACUACAAAGUCCGCCAGUACUGCUGGUACGGCAGAAAAAUCACUAAAACCAGCAAGGGUUUACGAAGGUAAAAGAAGUUGCAAAAUAGAUGGGGUCGAUUACCGUAUCUACGAGGAACUGAUAAGAAACUCCAUGUUAGACGCCCUUUACACUGGUUUGGCCAAAGAAAACAAAACUAAUGGUCCAAAUGAGAUCUUUGGUGUCGCUAAAGAAAUUGAAACUGAAGUGUUUGGCAUGAGUAACCAUAUGACUAACGAUUUCUACCGAUCUAAAUUAAGAACUUUAGUAGCCAACAUUAGAUCUUCCAACAACCCUGAAUUGAGAGCCAAACUUUUAAGUAGACGUCUUGCGGCCAAUAAGUUUGUCAAGAUGUCUCCGGAAGAAAUGGCCAAUGAAAACUUAAGAAAGGAAAGAGAACAAAUUGAAAAGGAAAACUUGUUUAAGGCGAAGAGUGCCGUAGAAAAGAAGGCCGUCACCGAUAGAUUCCAGUGUGGUAAAUGUAAGCAAAGAAAGGUUAGUUAUUAUCAAAUGCAAACCAGAUCUGCCGAUGAACCUUUGACAACAUUUUGUGAGUGUGUGAACUGUGGUAAUCAUUGGUCUUUCUCUUGA